AUGGAUUUGAUAAAUCCGUUAGAUGAAAAUAAUACUAACUAUGGUUUAGUUAAAAGAUUUAACAUCAGCAAAGAAAGUAGAAUAAUAGAUUUAAUGGGAGGUCUUCAUAUCGAUUUAGCGAAUCAGCCUAAGCUUUUAACAAACAAUGUAGACCUAAGAAUUAAAUUGGAGAGAUGUAAAGAAAAUUUUGCGCUAAUGGCAAAUAACGACGACUAUAGAAUUAUUAUUAAAAACGCAUUGCUGAAAACUAAUAAAGUAGACGUUAGUUCGUCAAUACAGAUAGGAAUUGAAAAAGCGCUCCAAAGCGGUAUAAUCAAAUUAUCCUUUUGUAGGACAGAUGUUAAAGUCUUUACAUUAACUAGCAGGAUUCAGUCUACAAGUAUAUCAAACGUUGUUAUCGGCCAACUACUGUAUAGAAUAACUCUCGGAUUUGUUUCUAAUUCUGCAUUUAAUGGAAAUGUGAAGUGUAAUCCUUUUAAUUUUAUAAAUUAUAAUUUAAAUUAUAUAUGUUUAUCAAAAGACAAUGAAAUGAUUCCUUCUAAACCCUAUACUUCGUAUUAUAGCAAUAAAAUUUAUGCAAGAAAUUUUAUCUCAUUCGAAGAUACCGGAUGUAUUCAUCAUCAUAAAUCUAUAAAUAUAUACUACGACGAGUACCAAGACGGUUAUACUUUAUAUUGUUUCGAUCUUACACUCGAUAAAUCGGGCUCCGAAUCCCACGUUAGCGUGAACCAGCUAGAAAAUAUCGGUAUGAAAUUAAAGUUUUUGAAGGCGAUACCAGAAACCAUAAACGUUGUUUGUUUGCUAGAACAUAAUAAUAUUUUAGAAAUCGAUCAUUCACGAACCGUAUUUGUCGAUUAUUAA